CAGGCUACAUUUCAUCACUGUGAGCAGGUUCGCUCUGAGCGCGGGUGGAAGAACUCGGACUUUAAUUUCGACUCGAACAACUGAAAUCCCCCAGAAUGUCGAAAAGUACCUUUGACUCUGUUGAGAUGAGUUUAGAAGCUAAUAUUCCUGCCACGGAACUCAAAGAAGUUAAACGGAUUCUAUAUGGGAAAGAGCUCAGGAAGUUGGUCCUGCCCCAGAGUGCACUGGUGGCGGCACUGGAAAGGGACUUCGACCUGCAUGGGUACGUGUUUGAGGCAGAACCGGAGCAGAUCAGGGCAGCGAGAACUGUCCGCGUGGGGCUUAUUCAGAACAAGAUAGUUCUUCCAACAGAUGCUCCUGUUCUUGAACAGAUUACAGCUCUGCAUAAAAGAGUGGGUGAGAUGGUCGAUGUCGCUGCUGCUUGUGGAGUCAAUAUAGUCUGCUUCCAGGAAGCCUGGACAAUGCCAUUUGCUUUCUGCACAAGAGAACGGGCACCAUGGACAGAGUUUGCUGAGUCUGCUGAAGAUGGUUUUACCACUCGAUUCUGCAAAGAGCUGGCGAAAAAGUACAACAUGGUAGUAGUGUCACCCAUUCUUGAGAGGGAUGAGCUUCAUGGAGGUACACUGUGGAAUACAGCAGUUGUGGUGUCCAACACUGGUAACGUUCUGGGGAAAAGCCGGAAGAACCAUAUUCCACGUGUGGGAGAUUUUAAUGAGUCCUCAUACUAUAUGGAGGGCAACACAAGACACAGAGUCUUUAAAACACAAUAUGGAAAAAUAGGUGUGAAUAUCUGUUAUGGUCGUCACCACCCUCUCAACUGGCUGAUGUACAGCAUGCAUGGGGCUGAGAUCAUCUUCAACCCCUCAGCCACAGUAGGAGAACUGAGUGAACCAAUGUGGCCAAUUGAAGCAAGAAAUGCCGCCAUUGCCAACCACUGCUUUACCUGUGCCAUCAAUAGAGUCGGGACGGAAUAUUUCAAGAAUGAGUUCACAUCUGGAGACGGCAAGAAAGCGCAUCAUGAAUUCGGUCACUUUUAUGGCUCCAGCUAUGUGGCUGCACCCGAUGGAACUCGGUCCCCGGGGCUAUCCAGAAUUCGUGAUGGGUUACUGGUUGCAGAACUGGACUUGAACCUGAACCGUCAGGUUGCAGACAAAUGGAACUUCAAGAUGACCGGGCGGUAUGAUAUGUAUGCGGAUGAAAUCACCAAGGCAAUCCAGCAUGAUUUCAAGCCCAAUAUUGUCAAAGAGUGAGCCCACCACUGAACACCAAAAAACAAUUUGUAUCAAAAGGGUCCUCUAUUAUUGUGGUAAAUAGAUGACAUUUUUAUUUGUAAUUAAAAUGAUUAAUAGCUGCUUUGAUUGUUUAUAAUGUAGGGUAAUUCACCCCAGCAUGACUUGGAUGUGCAAAACUCGGAUUUGAGAAAUCCUAGAACAUGAAAAGAUGACCAGUGAGUCAGAGCUUAGAAUUUAAAAUAUAUUAAAGUUUACUGGAAAAAUAGUUUCAGCAUUACAGAUGAUAUAUAUAUAAAAGGAACAAAAAUUGAUAUAUAUAUAUAUAUUAGAAAAGAGUAAAGGUACAUCAACAAGUUAACACAUAGUGUAAUAAACUCUAGACAGAUCGACACAUUCACAACCCAGAGAGAGAAAGAGAGAGACAGAAAGAGGGAGAGAGAACAAGAUGAAAAGAAAGCCAGUCGAGGGAGUGAGGACCCUUGGGCGUCUCCUCCCCUCAUUCAACACAGACUUCAUCCAAGCAGUUAUACAUUUAUGCAAAUGACAUAUGAUUGGACAGAAUCUAUCAAUAUGAUUACGUCAGCAGAGUCCAGUUAACAGCUUGUUGUCCAGUUCCUAUGACGUGAUCAGCUCCAGCCUGUCUGAGCAACAAGUUCUUAUCAUGAUGUUGUUCAGCUCUAUGUCCUUUUUAAACACAGCAAACAGUGCUUGUGUUUCAAACAAUCCUUAAGUGUCUGUGUGAAGAUGAAACAAGAGGAAAAGAGUGGAUGGAAAGAUCUUCUGGCCUGAGUAUGACCUUACACCGUGUAGAACAGGCAUGCACUGGCUAUCUGAGGAAAGGUUCCCAGCACUUCACUCAGAGAGCUUGUUAUGUUUAUUAAGAAGCAUAGCAUUGAUAGAGUACAGCAUAUCAAGAAGAACUUUCUUCAGAUUUUCAAAUGACAAGAAAUGUGUGUAUACAUAUAUUUAUAUAUAUUAAUACUUAUUCAUAAAGAAACCACCACAACAACAACAACAAAACAAUCAUAACCCCCUUCCUCCCCUUCCCAGUUGCUGUGCGUGUCAAGUGCUUUUACAUUCAGUUACUUUCCAAAUAAGAAAUAGAAGUGGACCACAUUUUUUCAAAAGCCUUAAGAUUAUCUGUUAGAAUAAAUUGUAUUCUCUCCACGUGUAGCAUAUUUGUCAGUUAUUUUAUAAAGGUAUAGAAAGUAUGAGCCUCUUAUUUUAUUUUUUUCAGAAAAUAAAGAUAACUUUUUUUACAAUGAGUACAUAUAUAAACUAUAUUAUAGCCGUAGAUGUCUAGGUGUGACCUAAUAAUUUCUGCUAAAGGCUCGAUAGCUAAUGCGAACAACAACGGACUCAGCGCACAACCCUGUCUUGUGCCUCCAGAUAACCUGAAAGGAGAAGAAACAGUUUUAUUAGGAAGAAUGUUGGCUGUAGGGUUGCUGUAUAGUAUUUUGAUCCAUGAUCCUAGUAUUAAUUUCCUCAAAACCAUAAAUAAGUAUGCCCAUUCAAUACGAUCAAAUGCUUUUUCAGCUUCAAGUGACACUACAGCAAGUUCUUCUAUGGGUGCUCUUGGUGAGUAUAUGAUAUUAUGAAGGCGUCUGAGGUUAAAUGCUGAAUGCUUAUUGGAAAUAUAUCCUGCCUGGUCUGGAUGUAUUAAAGUGUCAAUAAAAUGACUGAGCCUUCUUAAAAAGGUUUUGGCUAGAACUUUUUUAUUUGAAUUUAAAAGUGAAAUAGGUCUGUAAGAUCCUACUUCUUCUGGAUCUUUUUCUUUUUUUGGUAUUACAAUAAUUAUUGCUUUGGUGGUAAUAUACAUGAAUACAUUUUGUAUAAAAUUCAUUACCAUUCAAAACCAUCCAGAACAGGUGAUUUGCCAUUUUUAAGGGUUUUUACAGUUGCAGUAAUUUUUUUCACUUGUUAUACCUGCAUUGAGUUGUUCACAAUCUUCUUGGCUCAGGGUAGAAAUUUACAAGCAUCCAAGAAAUCCUGCAUUAUAACCAUAGGCGACCUGCUAUCGGAUGUGUAUAAAGCCUCAUAAUAAUCGAAAAAACGUUCAUUUAUAUCUGCAUGUAAUAGAACUGUUUCGCCUGAUUCACAUUUAAUUUUAUGUACAGUACGAUCAUUUUCUAAUUUUUGCAACUGACGAGCUAGCAGUUUUUGUGGUUUGUCACCAAAUUCAAAAUGUCUCUGUUUUACAUACAUAAAUGCUUUACUAAUUUUGACUGAGGUUAGUUUUAGUUUAUAUAUCAGGGCCAUCAUUUCUUUAAGCUUUUUCCAGGAUUGAUUUUUAGAGUUCUCAUUGUCCACUAAGUGAUAGGAAUAUUCUCUAGCUAAAGGGUUAAAUACCCUCCAUACAUCAGGCACAUUCAUAUAUUUGAUAAAUGUUUUCAACACUGUGCUAGCAGCAGGGUCACAGCCCUGUGCUGGUCAAGCACAAAGUCGCCUCCUAUUAUUAGGUUAGUAUUUUCUAUAUCUGGAAUUUGACCUAGAACAUUUCUAAAAAAAAAACACUGUGGGCCGUCGUGAUUUGGCCCAUAGAUGUUAAGGAAGGUAAAAAACCAUAUUUGCCCAAUAACCAAGAUUAACCUACCAUCCCUAACCUAUAGUAUUGCUAAGCUUAAAAGGAAUACCCCUAAACAGAAUAGCUGUUCCUCAGGCUUUAAUGGGGAACAUGGGGUGGAAUAUGUGUCCAAUCCAUUUAGACCUAAGUUUAAGGUGGGAAUAUUUUUUUAAAUGUGUUUCUUGUAGAAAUAUUAUGUUUUCUGAAAGACUUUUAAAUGUGAAAGCACUCUCCCUCUCUUCACUGGACCAUUGAUUCCUCUAAAAUUCCAGGAGACACACGUUCUAAUUCCUAAUUAGUUUUGGUACCUGCCAUCUUUCCAGUGUUCAAACAGAAAUGGAUACAUCUGAACUGCACAGCAACAUAACACCCACCCAACCUUAAACAAACUAAUCCUAAAUACUGAAACCAUGUCUAGCUGACAGUCUAUGUAGGCUACAGCGCGACUACCUAACCCUGUAAAGGAUAAGAUUAAAGGAAAAACUGAUAAAAAGUACAAACAUGAACUUACUACGUAGUUAGUGCAGUUCUGUUACAAGGCAGGUGAAAGGCAAGGUAGUUGUAUUCAUUUAAAGCAGUCUGAGCCUUGCAUAAAGAGUCAGAAACACCCACUUCCACAAGUAUAGUAGCAAACAUCAAGUAGAAAAAGUAGAAGUCACAGUGAACACAGUCAGUAACUGAUAUUUGUUAAGGAUGUCCACCAGGGGAGACAUUAAAUCAUUUAAGCCUCUACUUUACUGUUCCCUCUCCAAAAUGCUGUUCUGCUUACCGGAGGGCAUCCUUUGGGUUGGUGAAGAGUGUCUCUGUACCAUUAAACGUCACCCAUAGUUUGGCCGGGUAGAGAAGUCCAAACUGCACUCCAGGCUUGUCCCGAAGAAUGCCUCUAACGGGUGUGAAUGCCGCUCGUCGCUUUACCACGACGGCCAGAAGGUCUCUGAAGAUCUGUAUUCGCUGACCUUCGAAGCUCAGAUUUCUGGCCUUUGUGACUUUAUGCAUGAUCUCUUCGAAUAAACUGCAAUAGUGUAUACUUUGGAUGAUGUUUCUUGGCGGGGCAUCACCAGGAUGCGUGCAGAGAGCUUGGUGUGCGCGGUCAAUGAACGUCCAUUUUCUUUUCCUUCCUUAACACCUGUAAUUCUUAGAUUCUGCGUUUUAGAUCGCUCCUCUAGAUGCAGACACUUUUCCGCAAGCUGCUCCACUUGGCUCUGGAGGCGCUUUACCGUCGUUUCCAUCUCUGUGACCAUGUCUGUUGUACGGGAGACCGACUUUGUCAGGUUGGUCAGGGCUUCGGCAUGCAAGUGUCAGAUGGGAGAAGUCUAGACUCACUAGGGGCAAUGGUUGGUGUGUUUUGUAGGGGGGACUUUUGUUUUGACAGGUUGCCAUAGAGUUUAGGGUUGGAGACGGAAAGGGGAUGGCGGAAGCGCUAUCAAUUGCCUGAUAGACAGGCCAACUAGCCUGUGACUGUAUGGGGCUGGAGACGCGCGGGCCAAUGGGAGCCGUGAGGAGGCGGGACUUGCCGCAUGUUUUCCGCAGAUAAGGCUGGCUGGUGUCAUGGCGGGGGAGAGCAUCCCGGAGCAGGAGGGGCGAGUCGGAGAGUGGAAGCCGAGGGAAACGGAGAGGUCAACGGCGGUCCGCAGCAGGGUGGCGAAAACUACAGCGACGGAGGAUUCUUCCCGGCGGUGACACGCUGUAAGGGCGAGGUGACAGCGUACGGGGCACCAGCAAGUAUCGGCGGGACGGAGGCUGCCGACACAGUGCGGAGAGCGGCCGCCAUUAACAUCCACCCAGGCGCUGGAUACUCGCACUGGGGGCUGGGGUUUCUCUGCUCCCAGGCAAAGUGUGAGUAUAAACUUGAAUUGGGUGGAAAAGGAUACGUUGACUGGGUGCUAGCUGGGUGUAGGAUCCGCAGCUUGUUAACUGGGGAGUGAUUGUGUCGGUGUGUUUGGCCAGAGUACUGCUGCUUGUUUUCUCUGCCGUAGUGACGCGUUGGAGCACGUGUAGACGGCGUGGGACGCAAAGGACGCCGUAGUAGCUGGGACACGUGGAGUACCAGCGCCCGUAGCCACUCUCUGCCGCCUGGAUGCUCGGGACUUGCCUUGUAAUUGGCUGAAAGGCCUAGCCACUGUAACUGGAAGUAAGACUGUUUUAUGUGGGUGGGAAGCUAGAAAUAAGGUUUAUUGUUUUGGUAGUUUGAUUUGUACCUUACUUGAAUUGAGAACUGUGCUUAAGCAUUACCUGUAACUACGUCUUGGCUGUAUAAUAAGGGGAUGUGGUACACCUGGUAGGACUGUGUUUUGGCUAUUGUUAACUUAGGGUUGGCCAGGGUAUCACCUUCAGUCCAAGUUAAGUUUAGCAGGUGGCUAGGCUAAGAGAGUUUUGAUUAUUUCUUUGAGGUUUAUUAACUAGUGUUUGAUUUACUUUCUUUUUUUGCGUAUAUUUGGAUGUUUUGACUUAUACCAUUCGUUUAAAGCUUUGGUUUGAGCUUUCAGUUUGAGCUUUCAGUUUGAGCUUUCAGUUUGAGCUUUCAGUUUGAGCUUUCAGUUUAAGCUUUCAGUUUAAGCAUUCAGUUAAGCAUUCAGUUAAGCAUUCAGUUAAGCAUUCAGUUUAAGCAUUCAGUUUAAGCAUUCAGUUUAAGCAUUCAGUUAAUGGUUUCAUUAAAUAGUUUCAUUUAUUGUUUUUGCUUAUUUUAUUUAAUGUUUUUUGGUGAAUAAGUUGGCUUAAUGCCUGUGGUGAAUAAUUUCAUUUAAUGCUUUUGUUAAUAAUUUCAUUUGCUGUUUUUGGUUGAAUUCAUUUGCUGAUUUGGUUAAUAAUUCCAACUAAUGUUUUUGGUUAAUACGUUUGGUUAAUAAUUUCAGUUAAUCUGUUUAAUAUUUUGUUGGUUUAUAGUUUUGGGGCAACAUUUAUAAAAGUGGGUAAUAAUUGAGUAUUUUAGCAGAUGGAAGCCGGUAUUUUAAAAGAAUGUAUUGUCUGACAGACAUUUAAUAAAAUUUGUAAGCGUUAA